AUGAGCCAACGUCAGAUCACUCAGGGUUCCCCUAGGAGAACCGAAAGCGAUGUCGAGAGCAACCGGGCGCCAGCCUCAAGAGUCAACGCGAAUGAGCGGUGGCUCAAUACCGUGCUCAUCCGCUUCGCAGAGGCUUUGCUCCGGCACUUAUACAAAGCGGCGGAGCCCAGCCAAAACCAGAUCCAGGCCGGGCUGACCAAAAAGGAGACAACAGAGGCCUGGGAAGCCGUUCAAAAGAUCUGUGAAGAUCUAAAGCUGCAGAUCCCGCCCGGCAAAUGUGGGGAUCUGUACAAGAAACAGCUUGCGGAUGUGUCCAAGCAUACCAAGAGGAUGGAGACACUGUGCAACAUGAUGCUCAAAGGGUUAAGCACAGAGCACCGUGAGUUGCUGUCGUGGGCAGACAUGAAGGAUAAGCAGGAGUUCCAGAACCAUGCCAUGAUGGCUGCGAUCGAGUGGUCAGUCGCCGGAAGAACAAACGCGCUGAAAAUCAAACUCGAGGAGCUUUGGCAGAAGCACGAAGCUGCAAGGUCAGGCCGAGCCGAGUUCGGGGGCAUCCGCCAAAGACGGGACCUCGGAUCAGGAACUGACGCGCUUGAAAAUGGAGGAGGUCGCGGCGUUCCUCGACAAAGUGACAUCCGACAUGUGCAAGCACGCAACGGAGGUUGGCAAAAUCACCAAGGACAACACGAAGCACGCGAUAUCCUCGGUCAGUUAUCUCACUUCUUGGUGGCAGAUCAUCUUUGGUAUUGCGGCCGGCAUAGGCACCGUCAUUAUGUGGACGCAGACUAUACUCCCACAUCUAUCCAGUCGUCCAGAGCUGUUGAGGACCAACAAGGGGCUUUAAGCGGGUGGUAUGGCACCACCGUCUCCACAAGCCAUUCUAUUGUCACCGAUGCCUCCAUCUGGGCAAGGCAAACUGCGAUGAGACAAAACUUGUCUAGCCCUGCCGAUGCCAACAGCUGCAUUUCGUUACGCCUGUCUCCUUCCGCUUUCCUUUCAACUCCUACCCGUUUGUUCCCACGCUCAUUGGAUUUGGAUUUCUCGUAUCCGGUUUUAUUGCAUGUCGCAUUUUCCUUACUGUUUCGUCGCACAAGCGCUCAUCAUUGUUGCAAACCACGAACUUCUACCCCUUUGCGACGGGUCUAA